AUGGAAGGCGAGGGGCAUGAUGGGAUUGAAGGCGAGGGGCAUGAUGGGAUUGAAGGCGAGGGGCAUGAUGGGAUUGAAGGCGAGGGGCAUGAUGGGAUUGAAGGCGAGGGGCAUGAUGGGAUUGAAGGCGAGGGGCAUGAUGGGAUUGAAGGCGAGGGGCAUGAUGGGAUUGAAGGCGAGGGGCAUGAUGGGAUUGAAGGCGAGGGGCAUGAUGGGAUUGAAGGCGAGGGGCAUGAUGGGAUUGAAGGCGAGGGGCAUGAUGGGAUUGAAGGCGAGGGGCAUGAUGGGAUUGAAGGCGAGGGGCAUGAUGGGAUUGAAGGCGAGGGGCAUGAUGGGAUUGAAGGCGAGGGGCAUGAUGGGAUUGAAGGCGAGGGGCAUGAUGGGAUUGAAGGCGAGGGGCAUGAUGGGAUUGAAGGCGAGGGGCAUGAUGGGAUUGAAGGCGAGGGGCAUGAUGGGAUGGAAGGCGAGGGGCAUGAUGGGAUGGAAGGCGAGGGGCAUGAUGGGAUUGAAGGCGAGGGGCAUGAUGGGAUUGAAGGCGAGGGGCAUGAUGGGAUUGAAGGCGAGGGGCAUGAUGGGAUUGAAGGCGAGGGGCAUGAUGGGAUUGAAGGCGAGGGGCAUGAUGGGAUUGAAGGCGAGGGGCAUGAUGGGAUUGAAGGCGAGGGGCAUGAUGGGAUUGAAGGCGAGGGGCAUGAUGGGAUUGAAGGCGAGGGGCAUGAUGGGAUUGAAGGCGAGGGGCAUGAUGGGAUUGAAGGCGAGGGGCAUGAUGGGAUUGAAGGCGAGGGGCAUGAUGGGAUUGAAGGCGAGGGGCAUGAUGGGAUUGAAGGCGAGGGGCAUGAUGGGAUUGAAGGCGAGGGGCAUGAUGGGAUUGAAGGCGAGGGGCAUGAUGGGAUUGAAGGCGAGGGGCAUGAUGGGAUUGAAGGCGAGGGGCAUGAUGGGAUUGAAGGCGAGGGGCAUGAUGGGAUUGAAGGCGAGGGGCAUGAUGGGAUGGAAGGCGAGGGGCAUGAUGGGAUGGAAGGCGAGGGGCAUGAUGGGAUUGAAGGCGAGGGGCAUGAUGGGAUGGAAGGCGAGGGGCAUGAUGGGAUUGAAGGCGAGGGGCAUGAUGGGAUUGAAGGCGAGGGGCAUGAUGGGAUUGAAGGCGAGGGGCAUGAUGGGAUUGAAGGCGAGGGGCAUGAUGGGAUUGAAGGCGAGGGGCAUGAUGGGAUUGAAGGCGAGGGGCAUGAUGGGAUUGAAGGCGAGGGGCAUGAUGGGAUUGAAGGCGAGGGGCAUGAUGGGAUUGAAGGCGAGGGGCAUGAUGGGAUUGAAGGCGAGGGGCAUGAUGGGAUUGAAGGCGAGGGGCAUGAUGGGAUUGAAGGCGAGGGGCAUGAUGGGAUUGAAGGCGAGGGGCAUGAUGGGAUUGAAGGCGAGGGGCAUGAUGGGAUUGAAGGCGAGGGGCAUGAUGGGAUUGAAGGCGAGGGGCAUGAUGGGAUUGAAGGCGAGGGGCAUGACAAGUAG